UUGGUUCCUCCUCAUUCAUUCACAGUAAAAUUCAUUUCACCAACUCAGCUCACAUCACUGCCGGACAAUCACUUCCCUGUGAACUGGUUGGUAUAUUUUAUUCGUCUCAUCAUCUUCCCUUUCUUAUUGAUCUUCUGCCCAACUCCUUAAUACCCUCCCUCUUUCACUUACUUUUUCACGUUCAAAUCUAAUACUAGCUGAUUUCCAGACCGCAAUAUCACACAUGGCAAGCAUCACAGCUUCACACUUUGUGUCAAGAAGCUCAAAUGUCUGCAGUGGAGCAGCCUCUGUAGACACCAGAGCAAACUUGUCACAGAUAGGGCUGAGGAACCAUGCUCUGACUCACAAUGGGUUGAGGGCUGUUAACAAGGUUGAUAUGCUGCAAUCAAGAACUAAUACUAAGGCAACAGCCAAGAGAUCCAGCAAACAGGGAUCCGGAACUGAGAUGGAGAGGCCAUCAGGUACAAUUGUUUGUGGAAAGGGGAUGAACGUGAUCCUUGUUGGAACUGAGGUCGGUCCUUGGAGCAAAACUGGCGGGCUAGGUGAUGUUCUUGGUGGACUACCACCAGCCUUGGCAGCCCGUGGACAUCGCGUAAUGACAGUAUCUCCCCGUUAUGACCAAUACAAAGAUGCUUGGGAUACUAGCGUUGUCGUUGAGAUCAAAGUUGGAGACAAAAUUGAAAUUGUUCGUUUUUUUCACUGCUAUAAACGUGGGGUUGAUCGUGUUUUUGUCGACCACCCAAUGUUCUUGGAGAAAGUUUGGGGCAAAACUGCUUCAAAAAUCUAUGGCCCUAAAGCUGGACAAGAUUAUUUGGACAAUGAACUUAGGUUUAGCUUGUUGUGUCAAGCAGCUCUAGAAGCACCUAGAGUUUUGAAUUUGAACUGCAGCGAGUACUUCUCAGGACCAUAUGGAGAGGAUGUUGUCUUCAUUGCCAACGAUUGGCACACUGCUCUCCUUCCCUGCUACCUAAAGUCGAUGUACCAAUCAAGAGGAAUCUAUGUGAAUGCCAAGGUCGCUUUCUGCAUCCAUAACAUUGCCUACCAAGGCCGAUUUUCUUUUUCAGACUUCUCUCUUCUCAAUCUGCCUGAUGAAUACAAGAGUUCUUUUGAUUUCAUUGAUGGAUAUGAAAAGCCUGUUAAGGGUAGGAAAAUCAACUGGAUGAAGGCUGGGAUAUUGGAAUCACAUAGGGUGGUUACUGUGAGCCCAUACUAUGCCCAAGAACUUAUUUCCGGUGUUGACAAGGGUGUCGAACUGGAUAACGUCCUUCGUAAGACUUGCAUAACUGGGAUUGUGAAUGGCAUGGAUAUCCAAGAGUGGAACCCAGCAACUGACAAAUACACCGAUGUCAAAUAUGAUAUAACCACUGUCAUGGACGCAAAACCUUUACUGAAGGAGGCUCUUCAAGCAGCAGUUGGCUUACCUGUUGACAGGAAGAUCCCUUUGAUUGGAUUCAUUGGUAGACUUGAAGAGCAGAAAGGUUCUGACAUUCUUGUUGCUGCAAUUCACAAGUUCAUCGGGUUGGAUGUUCAAAUAAUAGUCCUUGGAACUGGCAAAAAGGAGUUCGAACAGGAGAUUGAACAGCUCGAAGUGUUGUAUCCUAACAAAGCUAAAGGAGUGGCAAAAUUCAAUGUCCCUUUGGCUCACAUGAUCACAGCUGGUGCUGAUUUUAUGUUGGUUCCAAGCAGAUUUGAACCUUGUGGUCUCAUUCAAUUACAUGCUAUGCGCUAUGGAACAGUGCCAAUCUGUGCCUCAACUGGUGGACUUGUUGACACUGUGAAAGAAGGCUAUACUGGAUUCCAUAUGGGAGCCUUCAACGUUGAAUGCGAUGUCGUUGACCCAGCUGAUGUGCUUAAGAUAGUAACAACAGUUGCUAGAGCUCUUGAAGUUUAUGGCACCCUCGCGUUUGCUGAGAUGAUAAAAAACUGCAUGUCACAGGAGCUCUCCUGGAAGGAACCUGCCAAGAAAUGGGAGACACUGCUAUUGAGCUUAGGAGCUGCUGGCAGUGAAGCCGGUGUUGAAGGGGAUGAAAUCGCCCCACUUGCCAAGGAAAAUGUGGCCGCUCCCUAAAUGAACUUCGGUCAUAUAUAUAUCCUUGUUUCAACAAUAAGGCCAUUAAACUAACGUGUCCAGUAAAAACAUGUGGAAUCCAAUGGCAUCAAUCAUCAACUAGAUGAUUUGGUUUCUCCUAGCAAGCAGCGUAGCAGGCUGUAAAACUCUGAUUAACGUUUUUGUAGGGAGGGCUAUUUAAGGUGGUGUUGAUCAAUGACAAUAGUAAAUAGUUACUACUAACCAAUGCAACAACUUAAGAGAUGGAGAACUAGUUGUGUGAAUUCGUUGUUCUUUACUGGCAUAAUUAUUUGCAGUACAUGCAUAAUGAAAAUUAGAAAAGGAAUCAUGUUUUCCUACCUCUAAGGCUUUCAUUUAUGCUCAUCCCGCAGUUGAUGUCUA